GCCGAAGAGCCGAAUCGGCGGCGGAGGGCUGGAACCGUGUGUGUGAUAUUUUCAGCUCCCCAUCACAAACUGGAAUUGCUAAAUACACUAAAACUGCGAGAUUUAGACACACACCGGCGAAGCUACGCUUACAAAUGCAAGCUAUUAAAUGCGUGGUGGUGGGAGACGGGGCUGUGGGUAAGACCUGUCUACUAAUCAGCUACACCACCAAUGCCUUCCCCGGCGAGUACAUACCCACAGUAUUCGAUAACUACUCCGCCAAUGUUAUGGUGGAUGGGAAACCGGUCAACCUGGGCCUGUGGGACACAGCAGGACAGGAAGACUACGACCGCCUUCGCCCUCUCUCAUAUCCACAGACGGACGUGUUCUUAAUAUGCUUCUCCUUAGUGAGCCCUGCAUCCUUUGAGAAUGUCCGUGCAAAGUGGUAUCCAGAGGUGAGACAUCACUGCCCCAACACGCCAAUCAUCCUGGUGGGCACCAAGCUGGACCUGCGUGACGACAAGGACACCAUCGAGAGGCUGCGGGACAAAAAGCUCUCGCCCAUCACUUACCCACAGGGCCUGGCCAUGGCCCGAGAGAUCGGUGCUGUGAAGUAUCUGGAAUGCUCAGCUCUGACCCAGCGUGGCCUGAAGACCGUGUUUGAUGAGGCUAUCCGGGCCGUCCUCUGCCCCCCGCCUGUUAAGAAGCGAGGAAAGAGGUGCACCCUGUUCUGAACGCUGGGACGACCUGGAGGAAGGUCCCAGCAGCUUCCUGCCCCACCCCAACACACACACACACACACACACAUUGCUCAACACUACAGCGGUAGGAUUCUCCACUGAGAGAGUCCUACACCAAACACUACGUCCGUCAGGCUCUGAGACAGACGCCUCAGUUUCCCGAGGUUUUUUUCCAUGUGGAGAGUUAAUACAUGUGUGUGAGAAAGUGUAUAUAUAUGUGUGUGUGUGUGUGUUUACUCGAGUCGUUGGCAUGGUUUGAGCCGAGGGGUGUUGUUUGGUCAGAAACAUUGUGGUAGGUGGCUUUUUUAAGUCCGUGCUUGUUUUCCCUUUCACACCACGACACGACGUCCCUUUCACUAUGUUUUCUGGUGAUCACAGUGUGUGUGUGUGUGUGUGUGUGUGUGUGUGUGUGUUGACGUGCUUGUGAGAAGAACAGUGGCGUGGGCUACUGGACUGGCUACAUGUUUAGAUGGUUGCAUAGAACGCUCACAUGUCCUUGAUAUCGGUUCUGCUCCUGUUGGCUCUAGAACAAACCACAGGUUUGUAAUGUUGAUGAUGGUAAAAUAGUGGCAAAUCUGAUCAAAUGCGUUUUCUGUUGGGACUAUAUACAGUAUUCAGGAAUAGUUUUAGGCACCUGUGGGAAUUUCAGUAAAGAAAAAGUGCAGUUCUUAUCUGGUCAGUAAGUGUUUAUUAGCUCAGUAAAACACUACAUUCUGCGUUACAAUAAAAUAAAUAGAAACUGCAAUUUUACAAAAAGCAGAAAAGACUUUUACAGCCCUGUUUUCUUUCAUUAAAAAACAUUCCUAACAUCUCCUAAUCUCUCCUCCUCAUCUGAGUUUAAUAGAGUUUAAUUUCUAGUUCUCAUCAUAUUAAUCAACACCUGGUUUGGUAAAUUACUGGUAAAUGUGGUAAAUCAGGUGAGCUGCUGAUGGAACUGAACAUAUUAUUCACAUGCUGGCUGAGGGAAAUCAUCCAGGAGAAAUCUGAAAUCUCUACACUUUGUUCUUCAGCUCGACUCACAGGAUUGAACAUACUUAGUUAAAAAUGAGAAUUCUUUGUUACGUUUUACUGUAUUUAUGUUUAUUUGCGUCUGUUCAAAUCAUAUGUGGUGCUUUUUCAGGUAAAAACACUCGUAUUGCUGAGAUGGAUUAAAUGGAUUAGUGUAAUUAACUUUGGUGCCUAAAACUUUUGCACAGUGCUGUGUGUAUAUAUAUAUAUAUAUAUAUAUAUAUAUAUAUAUAUAUAUAUAUAUAUAUAUAUAUAUAUAUAUAUAUAUAUAUAUAUAUAUUGCCGCACAACACCUGCAUGCAUCCUUUUAGCAUUUUAAUGAUGUGCAAUUUUUAAAACAUCUUGUCAGGCAUCAGGCAGUGUAUUUAUAACCAGAAUUCUUUGGUGAAUUAACUUUCUGUGAGGGAGCUUUUAGAGUUUGUAGAGUUCUGACCUGGUAAGUUUCUCUAGAACAGAGUAUUUUAUACCAAACCCACUCUGAAUUCACAUACUAAUCAUUUAAUUAAGAUAAAGUUUUCGAAAUUUAGUUCAAUUUCCCUUCAGUCAGGCAAGUGUUUGAUAGAUGGAUAGUUGGAUGAUAUGCUUUUUUUUUUUUUUAGAUAAGAGAAUUAAACAGGAUGUCAUCUGGUUAUGCUGGGAAGUUGAUCCACAGGAAAAUAUAUAAUCCAGAGUAAAUAUAUUCCAGCAAAACUAGAUCUAAAUACAAUCUGUGUAAUCUAUGUAAGACGCUUUCCUGCCCCCAAAAUUGGGUCCACUUUGGAAUACACUCCACUUGUUUGUGUUUUGUGUGGACGUGAGCAUUUGCUCUGUGUCUGUGUGAGUGUGUGUGAGGGAGAGAGAGAAAGAGAGAGGACAAAAAGAGAGCUUUUAUGUUUGUGUGUGUGUGUGUGGUCACUAGCAGUGUCCUCCUGCACAGGUGCUACAGCGUAACUACAGUGUUUCUGGAGCUGGAGGAGAGGAAUGAUGUUCACAGCUGCCAAAAGACAUUUCCGUGAAUGAGUGAAAGUGAAAGUGGAAUAUAUAAAACACUGUUUUAGAUGAGAAAUGCAUUCAUUAAUAAAUCUACUCAUGUCUUACUGACCUUCUUA